AUGGCCACGAGCGAUGCCGGCGACGAGGUGGCGGCCCAGCCCAACAAGCAGCGACUCACUUUUGUCGACUUGCCCACCGAGACUCAGCGGGAAAUCAUCUCACAUUGCUCCCAGAGCGAUCUGAUAUGUCUUGCUCUCGUCUCCCGCCAUUUUCACGAACUCGCCUCGGCUCAGCUAUACAGGAACUUCCACAUCAUCUUCCCCGACGAUGACGACCUCAACUUCGACUCUCCCAUCGACGGUCUUGCCGGCGGUCUUGAUACUUUCACCACCAGUAAUUAUGAUUAUGCCAAGCAUCUGAGGGAUCUAUCCAUGGACACUCUCAGCGCUGGACUUAAGGGAGAGUGCUGUUACCAAUCCUAUCUGUAUAGUGCCAGUUGCGGCAAGUUUCUAAACACGCUCCUGCACCUUACACUCAGAAAAGCCAGAUCGCUUGAGGUUUUCCGAUGGAACAUCCGUGUGGAACUCAGCAGACCUGUCUACCGCGAACUGCAUAGAAUCGCAUCGCUGAAAAAGCUGCAUAUACGGAUGCAGGCGGGAGACUCAUACUACGUACAGCCGCCCCCGCUGCCCGUCUCCAUCGAUCCUCACCCCCAGCCAGAAUCGACAAACCAUUGGGGAGGCAUUCCGCCGCUUGCUCCUCUCAGCUUGCUGCCUCCGCCUCCGGGCGUCGUGCCACCUGUUGUCAGCGGUCCCCCGCCUUCUCUCCUACCGCCGUCGUCCAAGUCAGCGCCUAAGAAUAAGACUGGGAAGCGUGUGACUGGUGCAAAGGAGCCAUCUACGUUUUCGGGGUUCAAGAACCUCCAGAGCCUCAGUGUGCUGGAUAUCGAAAACCUCGAUAUCGUGAGCGAGCUUAAUGCCUGCAUCAAGAACUCUAGCUCAACGCUUACUGAACUACAACUAUCCUUUUCGGAUGGGUUGGCAAGCCGGGCGCGUAAGCCGCCGCCUGAUUCCGACGCAGACGAUUCUGAUGUCGAGGACGAGUUCCAGGUUCUCCCAGCUACCCAGAACAACAAUGGUAGCAGCUUCGACUCCAAGUCAUAUAGGGUAUACGAGGAGCGGAGACUUCAAGAAGCCGUCCUUGGCAAAAUAUUCCAGCUAUUUUCACCGCCACCUGGAGCGCCGCGUAAAGCUGACACUGUCGAAUCUGAGCAAGAGGAUGAUAAGAAGGGACCGGAGGCUUCGGCAGCAGAUGUUCGAGAAGCAUUCAUCGAAUCCAUAAAGAAUGCAUCUACCAAACUCAUGACGAUUACCAGUGGAUCUUCCAAUUUCUCUGCCUCUGCGCAAGAUAUGCUUGAUACCAUAGCCAAGGCGGCGCGGAAUUAUGUAGAUUCUGUCGAUACAUCAGCACUGACUGGCGGGCAGCCAGACCCCCAAAACCAGGAGGCUGAAGUUGAAGAGGAAUCUAGUGCCAAGGCAAGUGAGACGACGGUGCCUAGCGAAAGUUCGUCUAGCAAGGCACCAAAGAGGAACGGCGUCGACGCUUCUCCUGAAGAUAUCGACAUUGCCCAUAUCGAAGUUCUUGGGGAUGGUUUUGAAGAAGCCGAGGAUUCCAGCCUUCCAGAUGACCCUGGUCAAACUGGUUCUUCCUCUGGCUCUGCUACUCCUACACCAGCGGCUGAUGCGGCCGUAGCCCCCUCCAUGACGCCUGGCAACGCCACUCAAUCCUCUGCACACAAGGUCAACUUGGAGAACCUGAUGACCAAACUUGACUCAUUCCGGAACCAGAGCGAAGCCAUAGGGAAGAAAAUCAACGACCUGCAUGCUCAAGGCUCGGCAAUAGAUCAUACGCAGAUCAAAGAUGCUGACGCCCAACUCAGGGGCUUCAGUGCCAUGGUCACUGACCUCCAGAACGAAAUCCAGGUUAUCGAGGAGGAGAUGGAUGAGUCGGAGCGCCGGGCAGCAGGCGUUAAUACCAAGAGCAUGAGCGACUAUGUCCGCCGCACAAGAGGCCUGAUGCUCACAUCCCUGAGCAUCUACCUUAUCCCCGUCAAGGCAUCCGUUUUGUCGCAGACCAUCAAUCUAUCGUGCCUUAAGCAGAUCACCCUUCUCAAUGUUGGAGACCAGGCGGCCAUCUGGUCUUUGUUCACUAAGGCAAACAAGGUGCGGCCGCUGCCGUUGAGGAGCAUCUUCACAGACAACGUGUGCAAUCAAUUCCUCGUUUUUGCCUCUCAGCUCGAGGAGAUACAUGACCUAUUUUUGCUCGAGCGCAGCCCUAAGAGCAAGCCCGAGACCCUUUCCAUGCCGAGCUUUGCAAAUAUGGACCAGAUUCGUAGGCUUGUUCUCAAGAAGCAUAUUGGCCACCUUAGGCGAUUGAUGAUCAAGGAUGAAGCCAGCGGCACUCGCUGGGACUGUAAUGAGAAGACGAUGAUUCUCAUUUGCACCCAGGGACGAAAACUCGAGGAAUUGGCACUGAGCAUGAAUAUUCAGGCUGUGCAUAUUUUCAUGCAAUACUUUUCUGGUCUCGUUAGCCUGCGCGCAAUCAACAUCUUACACUUCCGCAACAAUGAUACUUGCAUCUGGGUUGUUAGAGAAAUCCUGAGAUUCAUUGUAGACAAUCUGUCGCACUAUCCAGAGCUCAAGCUAGAAUGGAUCGCAAUGGAAGACGAUCGUGUUGACCGAGUGAUCCGGCCGUCGGACGAGGCCAACGACGCCCCAGAUGAGCGAAACAACAACAAGCGGGCCAAGGGCAAGAGCAAGGACAAAUUCCCAGUUACGACACCUCUGGGCCCCCACGGCAACAUGUUUCCGCCUCUCCCGCUGGAGGGCCUCGACUCGGAGAGCGAUAGCGAUGACGAGUUUAACGGAGGGUCUCGCCUGCGAUUCAAGACGGUUGGACCGCUGCAGUUUUACGAUGUUUGGGGAGUCAAGAUCUUUGACAAGGAGAUUCGUAGUGGAAGACUAUGA